AUGACAACGCAGAAUGGAUCGACGGCCUCGUCUCCAUUCAGAAUAUCCAACAACCAUAGAAGGAGCACCUCACAAUCAUCACAGGAAUCAACAUCAAGUUCUGUAAUCCGAUCACCUAGUGUUCCGAUUGGUCAAUUCGCAAGAGUCUCUCUGACCACUGCAAGCACAUCAUCCUCAUCUACAGGCUUACUGGACUCGCCUUUGCCAUUCUCACCCACUCAGCCGUCCAAUGUCUUCUCAUCAUUCUCACUGACUGAACCAAGUGUCGACGAAAAUGUUGACGAGCCUUUAACUGCAAGUACUCUGCCAACCGAAUUGCUACUGGCUAUAUUUCAACAUCUACCAGCUGAUGCACCACUCGGAUCACGUAACAGAGUUACAACUUCAACUCUUUUGUCCGCCUCGCUGGUAUGCAAAAGAUGGUUUGGGCCUGCUACUUCAGCGUUGUGGGCGAGGGUAUCUACAAUGGCCGAUGACUGGGAGUCGAAAGUGAAACCACUCGUGUCGAGAGUGAAUAGGCUCUUGAAGGAUUACAGAAAGGAUAUAAGGUCGCUCGAGGUCAGAGCAACCUCUACUGCCUGGGCUACUGGUGAACUAAAGUUAGGAGCUAUAAGAAGAGCUCUCGGUGGAUGUCUUGCCCUACGUCGAAUAGAGAUUGAUGUACCCUGUCUCAAGGAUGACGAUCUCUGGGCACUUGGAGCAUCUUGUCCAGUAUUGGAUUACAUAUCUAUAGUCUCUGGAACAUCGGAUUCGUCCCGUAUAACAGAUUUUGGAAUGGAAGGGCUCGCUGCUGCUUGCACUCGAUUACGACACUUUAAAUUCCGAGCACGAGGACCAGGUGUUAGUGAUAGAGGUCUGAGUCGACUAGCCGAAGCAUUCAAAGGUCGUCUUGUAACGUUUAGCUUGCAAUGGGAUGGUAACAAUCAAGCAACACACUUCCCUACUGCCGAACCAACACCCACCACUGGUGAUUCGCUAUCCUUUAUAAUUGAAGCAAACCCGAGCCUUGUAUAUUUAUCUCUAGACUGGCCAUGGGGCGUUGAACGAGCAUUGACUGUCGUAGCAUCAAAAUGUUGUCGAUUGAAGCAAUUCAGGAUUGGGAAUGCUAGACAGAGUGACACUCUAAUGGCCAUAUUAGCAGCCAAUCCAUCAUUGAAUGAGCUCGGAUUCUUUGAACCUGCCAAUAUAACAAACGCUACAACGCUACUAAGUCCGUUAUGGGGUGGUGAUGGAAGUGUAGAUACAGAGUGGAUUGAAGGAGCCAUGAUGAAUACGACAUUGACUGAGCUAGACUUGGAUGGUGUCGCUUUUAUAAGGUUGUUAUUGCCAGCCCUGACACGAUUACGUGGAUUGGAAGUUUUGAAAAUGUCACCUUCGCGGAGGUCUGCAUUCUUAAACUUUUCAACAACAGAUGAAGUAGUAGCAAGAGCAGUACGUAGUCUAGGUAGUAGUUUGACAGUCAUUCGUACACCGGUACAUGGUGACAUGCCUAUAAACUCAAUUGCAGAAAGCUGCCCCAACCUUAUCGAACUGGAUUUGAUUGAUGCACGGGAAAUGACUGACAAGUCUAUAAUAUUGUUAUCGAAACGAUGUCCACUGAUAUCUCGACUGUAUUUGGGAGCUGCCGUCCAUCUCACUGAUGCCUCCUUGACAAUCUUGGCUCGAUCUUUACCCAAUCUAACUAGGUUGGCUCUACCAUUUGGAAACUGUAAUAUGACGGCCCGUACAUUGACUGCAGUCGCUGAAUCAUGUCCCUUGGUCGAAUCCUUGUCGAAUGUGCCCUGGUCUCUUGGAACUGAAGUUUUGCUUGACGUUUUAGGAAGGAUGCCUCGGUUGAGUAUAUUAGGAAUUUGUGUUGCUCAACGACGAGGUGCUGCAACGUCAUUCCCGAGUAGAGAAGACCAGGACUUGCUGAAAAGUAAAUGUAGGAAGAUCCGACAAAUCAUUUUGAAUGGAUAG